GUGCAGCAGCAGCCAUGCCGGUGGAUCUGGGGCUGUGGAGCGGGCCGCUGAGCCUCACCGAGGUGGAGCAGAAGCCGGUGCACCCGCUGCGGGUCAAGUAUGGCUCCGUGGAGAUAGACGAGCUGGGCAAGGUGCUCACGCCCACUCAGGUCCAGCAUCGGCCCACCAGCAUUGAGUGGGCUGGCUGCGAUCCCCAGAAGCUUUACACUCUGGUUCUCACAGACCCCGAUGCUCCCAGUAGGAAGGACCCAAAGUUCAGGGAAUGGCAUCACUUCCUGGUGACCAACAUGAAAGGCAACAAUGUGGGGAGUGGGACUGUGCUGUCGGAUUACGUCGGCUCCGGACCUCCCAAAGGAACAGGGCUGCACCGCUACGUGUGGCUGGUGUACGAGCAGCCGAAGCAGCUGACCUGCAACGAGCCCAUCCUCUCUAAUCGCUCUGGUGACAAACGAGGGAAGUUCAAGGUGGCUUCUUUCCGCAGCAAGUACGAGCUGGGGGUGCCGGUAGCUGGCACUUGCUACCAGGCAGAGUGGGAUGACUAUGUGCCAAAGCUCUAUGAGCAGCUGUCGGGGAAGUAGGGCGAGGGGACCUGAAGAAGCACUGUGCAGCACCCCCUGCACCCCUGGAGACCAGGCUGGUCGGAGUAUGUCGCUGUAGUUUUUGUUUGAUAGUGAGUUGAACCCAGCUGCUCCUGCCCUGACCGCUGGAACUGUAACCCUGUCACUGUCCCUGGCCUGAACUUGCUUCUGUGUCGGUGUGGUCCAGACCUGUGCUGUGCUUUGGCUGACUCCCGUAGGUACAGGUGAUUGCUAGCUAGAUGAGCUUCUGACAAGGUGUCCCUGUAAGGGCCACCCCCUCCAGGCUGACCUGCUUAAGGGAAACCAAAGCCUUUGCGAGUUAGUGUCACUUCAGAGUGUCUCUGCCGUACUGAAAUGGUAUUAUGUGGCAGUGGUGUGGGUACAGAACCACUUCUGGGUUGGUGCUGGCUGUGUAGUUUCCCCUUUCCAGGAGAGGGGAUGGCAGUCUAAGGGAAACCACCCUUUUUUUAUUUGGCCCGUGCCUGCACUUCACUGAAGUGAACCACUAAAGUAGCGAAGGUAUAGCUGGUAGGAGGAGGCAGGGAAGCUGGUUUAUAGCACUACCUUGUUCUCUGUUGCUACUCAGAGCUGAGAGACCACUUCAUUUUGUUCAAGUUCUGUUGUGACCUGAUGUUAAUGUGCUGUUUGCUCACAGUGCAAUUAAAAACUUACCAAGGUG